ACACACUGACUUCGUAGCAGCACGGCGAACCCCGCGACCAGUCUACAUCGGACCAGCGUUUGAGCAAAAGUCACAGGCCGUUACAUCAUCUGAUCUUCGCCCGUCCAGCCCUUCCCAGACAUGGAGCAGAAAUUCAACGAAUCCGCCGAAAAGGUGAAGAGCUUCACCAAGCGACCGAGCGACGCGGAGCUGCUGGAGCUGUACGCACUGUUCAAGCAGGCGACGGUCGGCGACAACGAAACCGAGAAGCCCGGUAUGUUCGAUCUGAAGGGCAAGGCCAAAUGGCAGGCGUGGGCUGACCGGAAGGGCACCAGCAAGGAAGCGGCCAUGGAAGCGUACAUCAAGAUGGUCGAGGAGCUAUCCGCUAAGUACGUCUAAACGGACGGUGGCGCUAAGCAAAUUGCCAGACGGAUAAACGGCGCUGGAGUUUAAUACACAUUCGGUUCGGUACUUUUGUUUCUACAACUAUAAAAAC